AUGGAUCCCCAACGAUCUCGUCCGCCGCCCACUCGUCCGUCCGCCGCCGCACCACAAUCCCCCACCUCCGCGCGACAGGAACCCCGUCUCCAUUUCACUCAGUUUCUCCCUCAUGCUCCAUCCAGGUAUCAUCUCCUCCCCAUUCCACUCUUCUCCUUCCCCCGCCUCCCUCCUACUUCCCAAUCCACCAGCAAUCCCGCUCAUUCAACGCGCUCGCAAACCACUCCCAAUCCUCCUGUUCUCACCACCUCCCGGGUUCCCCGGGAGCUGCACUCGGAGAGGAACUCCCACAUCCAGAAGCGCCGGUCACGGAAGGUAGAGAGGAGGGAGACGUGGUGGAACGGCCGCAAGCGGGGCGGGGUAAUUGUCGACACGUAUUCGUGGAUACUGUGGUUGCUGUCGGUGCGGAGAUCGGCGGUUGGGGCGAUGGCGGCCGGCGGCGAUGGCGGCCGGCGACGACGGCUGGAAGGUCGCGCCAUGCGAGGUCUUGAACCCCCAGAACUGCACCGCGUAGUAGGGCACCUUCGGGAAAUAGAUGUCGGCGCGUACUCGACGCCGUAA